AUGUCCGACGUUGACAUCUCUCCAGAAUUGAAGUUGCCACCCAAGGAAGAUGAAGAAUCUGUGGUGUCGUCUGCCAGAGGAACAAGUUCAACCUCAACAUCUCCGAAGAAGCGUAAGAAGGAUGUUGCAUCGAAGGGUACAUCUAACUCCCAGAUGAAAGGCGGACCGUCACCAAAGAAGAAAAGGCCUGCGAAGGGGGAUGUCAAUUCAGUGAACAAACAAGAUGAUUCACGGAGCUCAGGGAGAAGUGGUUCCAUAACUCCGGUGGCACGGAUCAAACGACUGAAAAAGAUUUUAUCUGAUGGCAGCACGUUGAUCGAUAUGGACGACUUUCUCCAGGAACUCGGUGAAGAUGAUUUCAUCCCAAUGUCUCUGGAACAGGACAUAAGGAAGAGAGACAGCUAUGCAGAUAAAAGGAAUGAAGUAUUCGCGUUUCUCCUCCGAAAGAAAAAUCCCGAGACAACGUGCGAGAAAUUGCUCAACUCGCUUCAGGCAAUGAAAAGGAAUGACAUUACCGAUAGGUGGGAAGAUAGAUCUUGACUGUGUUCUCUGCCAGAGUAAAUCACUAGCAUGUAUGCAUUCGAUAUGGAAAAUGUGAUUUGCAUCCCAAUGCUAAUGGCUGAAUAUGUUUUCUUUCUCGCAUAAAAUGUCGAUUCUUGCAUUUUCCAACAACAGCUGGCAAAAAUAUAUGCAUAAAAU